AUCGAAUAAACGAAUAACGAAAAACGAAAAACGAAAAACGAAAAACGAAAAACAAAUAACAAAUAACAAAUAACGAAUAACAAAUAACGAAUAACAAAUAACGAAUAACAAAUAACGAAUAACAAAUAACGAGUAAAUUUUUCUCAGAAUUUUUAACUAUUUUAAAAAAUUUUAUUACCAUUCAAUCUUUGCAAAUUUUCCAAAUUUUUAAGGAAAUAAAAAAUUACCCAUCUGCAUCCCACUUAAUACUCUAAUUUUCCAAAAUGGUUGAUAAUAAGAAUAACUGCUCCGGGGGAUCCCAUGGAUUCAGCAAUGGAAGUGCUGGAAGUUUAAACAAAGUCAACACUUUUCUCAAAGUUUUUGUCUUUACUUUAGUAAUUUUGGCCAUCCAAUGCUUUAACGAAAGUAUUUCCGCAUCUGUACAGAAGAGCUCAGGAAAUGGAGCCAUCGUGGCUAGCAGACUGUUAAAAGACGAUUUUAAUGACAGUACUGGUACCCUCGCCAUAUUUGAAGAGGACGGUUCAUCAGAAAACCUAUCAGUUGAUGGCAGCGAAAGCCAACUAGACGAAUUUGGAAGCGCUGGAAACCUCUCCUUAUGCAGUACCCUUGAUGGUGAAGUCCAAGUACCCGAAGAAGAUGUGCCUGAAAAGAAAAGAAAAUCAUCCAAAGAAAACGUCCACGUACACAAAUUAAUGGGAGAGACCACCAUGGCCGAUAUGGAAUAUGAAGAGAAUUUCAUGAAGGAGUGCAGAAAUGAAAAGAGAAAAGGAAAGUUUCACAAAAGAGUGUUAAGAUUCCUCAAGAAACACCACUACACUCUUCCAGCUGUUUUGGCCAUUAUUUUGGGAAUAACAAUCGGAAAAGAAGUAGCAAUAGGAGUGAUAGUAGUAUAUGUAGUAUUAUUGGUACUCCGAUUUGUACACAAAAAAUACGUGUAA